AUGAGCAAGAACACUAAGCUAGUGGUUAAGGACAACGCACUAAUAGAGGCUAGUUUUAACCUAUCCCUAGUUGAACAAAGGCUAAUGCUAUUGGCUAUUGUAGAAGCUAGGGAAUUGCCUAUAUUGACGUAUGAGACACCUAUCAGAGUGUCAGUUAGAAGUUAUGCAGAUGAGUUUAAAGUAAACGAUAACACAGCCUAUGAAGCAUUACAGGAUUCAGUUAAUACACUGUUUGAAAGACAGUUCACCUAUUAUGAUAAAGACAUAGACGAGCGUUUAAAAUCAAGAUGGAUUCAUACAGCUAGUUAUAUGGAUAACAAAGGGCAUGUGAUCAUGUACCUAACACCUGUUGUUAUAAGAAUGAUUAAAAGGUUAGAGGUCGAGUUUACCAAGUACCUACUAAACCAUGUUGCCGAGUUUAAGAGUAAGUACAGUAUUCGAUUGUUUGAGAUAAUAGCUAAAUGGAAAGAAGCAGGGCAUACAGAUAAAUAUAGCUAUGCUGAUUUAAGAACCAUGCUAGGCGUAGAAGAAACAGAAUACAAGACAAUGAGCUUGUUCAAGGUCAAUGUAUUAGAUAAAGCGGUUAAGGAAAUUAACGGCGUUACUAAUAUACCGUUUACCCUUAAAUAUGAGCAGUUCAAAGAUGGGCGUAUCAUUACCCAUAUCAUGUUUAAGAUGAAAAAGAAGCCUAUCAAAAAGAACGAUAGAGUAGAUCAGAAUACAGUUGAUAUGUUUGCAGAUAUGACAGCUAAACAGAUUAAUAUGUUCGGUGAUAAGCUAAGUAGAGAUAAGGCUUUCCAAAGUCACUACAAAGCUAAGGCAGGCGAUAGUACAGAGCAAUACGCCCAAGACAUUAAAGUUGCUUUUCAAGUUGUUCAACCUGUACCUUUAACUGUUCAAUUUGUUGCUGUAAAAGCUGUUCAUUAUUGCUUUUAG